GGGUAGCGGGGACGCGCGUCGCCCUGAAAGCGGCUCAUUUCCAUCUUUCCGUCUUCAUGCAUUUGAUUGUAUGUGUGUUUAGUCUUGGAUAAGUAUGACUGAGAGCGCGGGGAAUAAAACUGAGGAUUGUCAUGCAGCCAAUGGUGUGAAACCAGGAAGAAAUGGCAUGGUGAAGAACCAUCAUCACCAUCUUCAGUAUCAAAAGCAAGAGAAGGUUUAUCAUGCUGCAUGCAAUGGAGAACUCUACAGCAGGCCGUUCAUCGAGUCCUUCGAGGAAACUCCCAUGCUGGUUGCCGUGCUCACGUACAUGGGCUAUGGCAUCCUUACGAUCUUUGGAUAUCUACGGGAUUUUAUGAGGGAGUGGAAAAUAGAAAAAUGCCAUAUCGCCAGAGAAAGGGAGGAGCAGAAGGACUUUGUUCCACUUUAUCAAGACUUUGAGAAUUUCUACACCAGGAAUUUAUACAUGAGGAUUCGGGACAGCUGGAACAGGCCCAUUUGCAGCGUUCCCGGGGCCAAGUUUGACCUUGUUGAGCGCAGUUCCAAUGAUUACAACUGGACCUUUGAGUACACUGGGCGAGUGGUGAAGGAUGUGAUCAACCUGGGAUCGUAUAAUUACCUGGGCUUUGCAGAGAACACAGGCUCAUGUGCUACAGCUGCUGGAGAGGUGACUGUGAAAUUUGGGGUGGGCGUGGCCAGCACCAGACAGGAAAUGGGCAACCUCGACAGACACGAGAAGUUGGAGAAACUGGUGGCGUCAUUUCUGAGAGUGGAGUCUGCUAUGGCAUUCGGAAUGGGAUUUGCAACCAACUCCAUGAACAUUCCUGCAUUAGCUGGCAAGGGAUGUCUGAUUCUGAGUGAUGAGUUGAACCAUGCCUCUCUAGUACUGGGAGCUCGUCUUUCAGGCUCCACCAUCCGGGUCUUUAAGCACAAUAAUAUGCAGAGCCUGGAGAAGCUACUCAGAGAUGCAAUCGUUCAUGGCCAACCUCGAACACAUCGACCCUGGAAGAAAAUCCUCAUUCUUGUUGAGGGAAUUUACAGCAUGGAGGGCUCCAUCAUUCGACUGCCAGAAGUUAUAGCUCUGAAAAAGAAGUACAAAGCCUACCUUUACCUGGACGAGGCUCACAGUAUCGGCGCUUUGGGACCCGGCGGUCGAGGGGUGGUGGAGUAUUUCGGACUCGACCCCAGAGAUGUAGACAUCAUGAUGGGCACUUUCACAAAGAGCUUCGGGGCUGCUGGAGGAUACAUAGGAGGCAGGAAGGAGUUGAUAGACUACUUGCGAACUCACUCUCACAGUGCCGUUUACGCCUCCUCCAUGUCUGCUCCUGUUGUGGAGCAAAUCAUCACUUCUAUGAAGUGCAUUAUGGGAGAGGAUGGAACGACAAUAGGUCGUUCACGUAUCCAGCGGUUGGCUGAAAACACAGUCUAUUUCCGUAGGAGACUGCGGGAGAUGGGAUUCAUCAUCUAUGGCAACAAUGACUCACCUGUGGUACCCAUGAUGCUCUACAUGCCUGCCAAAAUCGGGGCAUUUGGUCGGGAGAUGUUGAAGAGAAACAUUGGUGUAGUGGUGGUGGGUUUUCCAGCCACGCCGAUCAUCGAGUCCAGAGCCCGUUUCUGUAUCUCCGCGGCCCAUUCAAAGGAAAUGCUGGACCGGGCGCUGGAUGUGAUCAGUGAAGUAGGAGAUCUGCUGCAGUUGAAGUAUUCGCGGCACAAAAUCCUUCCCUCGCUGGAUCGACCCUUUGACGAAACCACAUAUGAAGAAAACGAAGAGUGACAGACUUCCAAUCUGAACCAAAUGUGCACUGCUCAUCUUCUGCUUCCCUAAAGGAGGCGGCGAACCACUUAAUAAACAUAACCUUUUUUUAAAAA